AUGAAUCUGGUCGUGGUUUUGGCGGUGUUUCUGUUUGGGCAAUUUUCUAUGACGAAGGCCAACGUGGUGCUGAUCGGGAACAAUGUCACUCUCUCUUUCGACGACAUUGAAGCUAAUUUUGCUCCAGCGAUUAAGGGUUCUGGGGAAUGUGGAGUAUUGUAUUUGGCAGAACCUGUGGAUGCAUGCUCGACAUUGACUAACAAAGUUGAAAAAGGCACGAAUUAUAGCUCCCCUUUCGUUUUGCUCAUAAGAGGAGGGUGUAGUUUUGAGGAAAAAGUUAGAAGAGCUCAGAAGGCCGGGUUCAAAGCUGCAAUUGUCUAUGACAAUGAAGAUGGCGGCGUCUUGGUUUCAAUGGCAGGAAAUUCAGCUGGUAUAAAAAUACAUGCUGUGUUCGUUUCAAAAGCUUCUGGUGAGAUACUGAAAAAGUACGCCGGACUUACUAACAUGGAGCUGUGGCUAAUCGCAAGUUUUGAGAACUCAGCGUGGUCAAUCAUGGCGAUCUCUUUCAUUUCCUUGCUUGCCAUGUCUGCAGUGUUGGCUACUUGUUUCUUUGUUCGCAGGCAUCGAAUAAGACGAGAAAGGCCCCAAGCUUCUCGUGUCCGAGAAUUUCAUGGGAUGAGCAGUCGUUUAGUAAAAGCAAUGCCAAGUUUGAUAUUUACCGCUGUUUUAGAGGACAACUGUACUUCAAGAACAUGUGCUAUAUGUCUUGAGGACUAUAGUGUUGGAGAGAAACUCAGAAUUCUGCCAUGUCGUCAUAAAUUUCAUGCUUUCUGUGUGGAUUCUUGGCUUACUUCAUGGAGAACCUUUUGCCCAGUUUGCAAGCGUGAUGCAAGAGCUAACACAAGUGAUCCACCAGCUUCAGAAUCCACACCAUUGCUUUCAUCCAGCCCAUCAUCAUCUGUGGCCUCUUCUGUACUUUCAUCUAUGAGAUCAUCUCUAGCAUCUUCUUCAGCCAUGCAGAUAGUUCCAGCUUUGUCGCAGUCUCCAUAUUCUCUUUCUCACUCUCAUGCUAGCUCAACUCACAUUCAGCAGUCUCUUAGGUCCUCCUACCGCCAGUCCCCUUCUAUUAGUGUCAGCAGAAGCUCAGUGGACCUCCGUAAUGCCUCGUCCCAAAGAUCUCAUGCUUCCUAUUUUGUUUCCCCCAAUUCCUUUGGUUACCCAUCUUUGUCACCCCUGAACUCAAGAUACCUGUCUGUUGCACACAUUCCAAGCCCUAGCAAUGCGUCACCAAGCUUCAUCAGCUCGUCCAGUCAUCAACAUCAUCCACUACAUUGUAGUGAGUCAGCUGCAACAUUUUCUCCUUUUGCUUCGGCCCAAUCUCUUCCUGAAUGUUGA